GGAAGGGUGUCAGGUUUCGAGCCAAACAAGCAAUACAAGCUAUCUCGCCUCAUCUCCGACGAAGAGCAGAUCCCAGGAUAUUAACAGAUACCAACAAUGGGGAAGAAGCGAGUCCUCGUUGGCUACGGCAUCGACGUCGAUGCUGUUAGUGGAUGGAUCAACACUCGAGAUGGCUCACCAGCCAACCCCACCGACGUGUCUCGUGGUGUCUUCGGUGCCACCGUGGGCAUUGACCGACUGUUGAGGCUGUGGGACAAGUACGGCAUCAAGACGACCUGGUUCGUGCCGGCUCAUUCGAUCGAGACUUUCCCGGAUCAACUGGCAAAGGUCAGAGACGCAGGUCACGAAAUAGGAUUACACGGCUACACGCACGAGUUUGUGUCGACCCUGAACGAGCAGCAACAGCGGGACGUCCUGACCAAGUCGAUCCACGUGCUGACCGAGUUUAUUGGCAAGAAACCGCGAGGCUGGACGGCUCCGGCGUGGUCGACGUCACGGGAGACGAUCAAGCUUCUCGAAGAGUUUGGCGUCGAAUACGACCACUCGUUCAUGCACCACGACUCGCAACUCUACUACUGCCCGACCGGCGACGAGGAAUGGACCGAGACCGACACAUCGCUAGACGCAUCCGAAUGGAUGAAGCCCAUGAGCGCCCUCAAGCCUUCCCAGGUGGUCGAAGUCCCGGCCAACUGGCACCUGGACGACUGGCCGCCGUUUCAACUCUCGUUGAAGCAGGCCUCGACCCACGGCUUCGUCGACCCGUACGUCAUCGAACGACUUUGGAAGGACCAGUUUUCCUUUCUGUACCGGGAGUACGACACUUUCGUCUUUCCCAUGAGCAUCCACCCUCAGGUCAGCGGUAAGCCUCAAGUGGUACUCAUGCACGAGCGCAUCAUUGAGUGGAUCAACGAGCACGACGGCGUCGAAUGGGUCACCAUGGAAAAGAUGGUCGACGAGUUCAAGGCCGGCAAACUAUCCGGCGUCGAGGUCAAGGGAGGUAAGCCUUAGAAAUCGACUAUAGUGGGAACACAGGAAAGCCAGGUCAUACAUACAGACAAUAAUCUCCGGAGAUUCAAGCAAUAAUCUUGACUGAGGUCGAGUGUUCA